AGUGAGUCCUUCAACCAACAGCAACCAAGAAAAAAAAAAUGGCUCCCAACCGCAAUGCAAAAGCACCGUUGAGAUCUUCCUCGUCUCUGACUUCCAAGCCCAAGAAAAGACGAUGUCAGCUUUCCAGCAGCGCAGUGAGUGAAUCGACGAAAUUCAUGGAGUUCACGGCCCUGGAUAGUCCACGAGAAUGGAAUGACUGUUCUGGGGGAAGGUUCGAACUACAGACUGAUCCCUUGAAGUCCAUGUUGCGACGCCUCAUGGUUCAAAUCAUCCUGGAGAAACUGUUCUCCCGAUGGAAUCUGUGGCCUGCUAACCGGGAGACGACAUCGCUGUCCACUUCUUUAGUGAAUGCUAAGAAUAGUUAUGGACAUCAGUCAUGUUACGAAUCGUGUGACCACGAUCUAAUAACAGUAAGCACGUUGAAGAAGCCUUACCAACACGAGGAUUCGAGAGACUUCUUCUGUCAGCUGUCCACGAAUGUUCAAGAUCCACCUGACUACUACUCUUUUUGGCCUUGCACACAUUCUAAUUCGUUGGAGAGUACAAACGUCGUUCCAGCGCGUAGUCUAAUGGAAGAGUUCAACCUGGCUUAUCUGGAGAAUGUUGAACUGGAAGACCUCAUAACAGAAAGCAUGGACCUAGGUCAGGGGUCAUAUGGGCGAACCUUUUUGACCUACGCCUAUGGACGUAUGAUUGUUAUCAAGAAAGUUUAUUGCUCUUUCAGCUUCUGCCAGGAACUCUCUUCUCUCUUGCUAGUCAAAGGUAUGCAGGGACACCAGCAAGUCAUUGCCGUGAAUGCUUCCAACAUGAUCAUAGUGUCUGAAUUCGCUGGCUUCGAUCUGUCCCAAUGGCUUCAGUUCACUAGAUUCGGGAAGUCCGAGGAACUACUCUUCAUCAACAAGCUGGCCAAAGCUCUCCAUGAAUUGCACGGCCUAGGAUACACUCACAACGACAUCAAGAUUAACAACGUCUGUGUUAAAAGGACAGGAACUGACCUUGAGGUCAGUCUGAUCGACUAUGGCCUUGCAGCUCAGGUGGGAGAAGUCCAAAGAUUCAAAGGCACCAAGGUCAGCUUCAUGGCUCCGGAAAUAUUCAGAGGAGAGGGAGCAUCAGAAACUGCUGAUAUAUAUUCUCUUGGUUACUUGCUUCAAGAGCUGAUGGAAUGCGGAUACCUCAAGAGGAUUUCUGAGGAAGUAAAAUUCUGGAUCGAAGAUUCAAUGAGGGAUGAAAAAUGCUCAAGACCUACUUUGCAGAAACUCAUCCAAUUAACUGAACCACAUAACUGAUGUGGAUUUCUUUUCAUAAGGAAAUUUUAGUUAAAUCUUGUAAUCAAUAAAGGUAUGACUAUGAAUGAUAAUGGAAAAUAUUUUGUGUAAUAAGGUUUGCUCUCCUAUUUUGUUCAGAGAUUUACAAACUCCUUAUUGUUUGGUUUAUGUAUAUGUUUGAUUUAUAAAGAUGUAUAAAGGCCCCAACGGAAAUGGGAAAUUAAAUAAAAAAUUAAAACUA